AUGUCAUAUAGAUUAAUUACCCUAAAUUCAGGUAAUGAAAUUCCAAGCAUUGGACUUGGUACUUACAAUAUCCCAAGAUCAAAAACUACAUCUAUUGUAUAUGAAGGAUUAAAAGUAGGUUAUAGAUCAUUUGAUACUGCAGUACUUUAUGGAAACGAAGAAGAAGUUAUAGCAGGUAUAUCUAAAUACCUUAAAGAAAAUCCAAAAGUCAAAAGAUCAGAUGUAUUUUAUACAACAAAAUUAUGGAAUAAUCAAGUUGGAAAACAUGAAACCGCUAAAGCAAUCAAUACAAUGAUGGAACAAAUUGGGGAUUUGGAAUAUAUAGAUAUGUUAUUAAUUCAUUCCCCCUUACCUGGAAAACAAAAAAGAUUAGAAGCUUGGAAAGUAAUGCAAGAUGCAGUUGCUUCAGGUAAAAUAAAAAACAUUGGUGUAUCAAAUUAUGCUCCAAAGCAUAUUGAAGAAUUAUUAAAUUGGUCAGAAUUGAAAAUAAAACCUGCUGUAAAUCAAAUUGAAAUAAGUCCUUGGUGUAUGAGAGAUGAAAUAGCUGAUUGGUGCUUAUCCAAAGAUAUUCAAGUUGAAGCAUAUGCUCCAUUAACUCAUGGAUAUCAAUUACAAAAACAAGAACCUGAAUUUGCUUCAAUUAUGAAAAAAUAUAAUAAAAGUGCUGCUCAAAUUUUAAUAAAAUGGUCAUUACAAAAAGGUUAUAUACCUUUACCAAAAACUUCAACUCCUUCAAGAUUAAAAGAAAAUUUCGAUGUUAAUGACUUCGAAUUGACUUCACACGAAAUGGAAGUAAUUAGUCAGCCAGAUGUUCAUGAUCCAACAGAUUGGGAAUGUUUUGAUGCUGCUUAA